CUGAAAAAUGCCACUACUGCCCAGGAAGUGCUCACUCAGGAAGAUAAAUAUCGAAAGCACACAGCGGAUUAAAGUCAUCAUGCGGUAAUGCUGCGGAUGGACACGGGCUUCAGAUUGGUGACAUCAUCCGCUGUCUAGCAGGUGAAAUACAGAAGAGAUGAUGACGAAUCAAGGCAGCGAACAAGCCUGGGGAAAACUGGUGAAAGUAGAUACAUCUCCAGGCUCUGAAAUAUUGCUCAUAAAUAGGGAAUGCACAGUGGGGAGAAGAAAAGGCUGUGACCUCUCAUUCCCUGCUAAUAAACUGGUCUCCGGGGAUCACUGCAAAAUCACUCAAGAUCAGAACUCAGGAAAGGUGUGGCUGGAGGACAUGAGCACCAAUGGAACAGUGAUCAACAUGUCCAAACUAGUGAAGAAACAGACACACUUACUGCAGAAUGGUGAUGUCAUUUACUUUGUGUACAGGAAGAAUGAGCCAGAACAGAACAUUGCUUAUGUUUAUCAGGCCGUCAGGCCACAGAAAAGUGCCUCUCAGGACGUCGAAGAUGUGGGGAGAGAAGAAGAAUCUGAUCUGACCGAAACAGAGAGUGAACCAGCACCAGUGGAGCCUGUUAUUGUGAAGCCUCUACCUCAGACUGGGCAUGAGGAGCCUCAGCCAUCUACCUCCACCUCUUCCUUCCACUUCUUCAACAUGUUCUUAUCCAACCGCUCUGGUUAUGAAAAUGAAAAGCAUGUUGAGUCAUCAGGCUAUUCCCACAAUACCACAGCAGGCAACCCAAGGGAGGCAGUCAUAAAUCACCCUUGCCUGAAGAGAACUAACUGGACUGACGGAGGGCAGCAGAUGCUGAUGGAGAUGGAAACAGAGAGGAAAAGAAGAAAAACUGAGAGAGGUUAUCAGGAUCGAUUUGAAAUUGCUUACACUGACUCAGUGCACAGUGCUGCUGCAGUGGUUCCUCAGGCCGAUCUCAGACGAGCAGCGGGGAAAGAGAAAACUGAGGGAGCCAAAACAGACAAGAUGGAAGAGUCCCUCACUUGCAUCAUCUGCCAAGACCUGCUGUAUGAUUGUGUCAGUCUUCAGCCCUGCAUGCAUACAUUUUGCGCUGCCUGUUAUUCUGGUUGGAUGGAGCGCUCCUCUCUCUGUCCCACCUGUCGCUGUCCUGUGGAGAGGAUCCGUAAAAACCAUAUCCUCAACAACCUUGUGGAGGCAUACCUUCUUCAACACCCAGAGAAGUGUCGCAGCAAAGAGGACUUGCACAGUAUGGAUAUUCGGAAUAAGAUCACACAAGACAUGCUGCAGCCUAAGGUUGAGCGCUCAUUCUCGGACGAGGAGGGCAGUUCUGACUAUCUGUUCGAGCUUUCAGACAAUGAGAGUGACACGUCUGAAAUGAGUCAGCCCUACAUGAUGUGUCGGCAGUGUCCAGGCUAUCGUACAGAGCUUAGUUCUGCCCUGUGGAUCUGUGAGUCGGCUCGAUCAGAGGCGCCAGAUAAAGUGCCUGGAGAUGAACUCUCCACAUCCUCUGAAACUGCCACAGCUCUUCAGGAGUUCAGGUGUCCUCCUCAGGGCAGUCACCUCAUCUGCACCUGCUGCCUGCAACCCAUGCCAGACAGACGUGCAGAGCACCUUCCCCCACAGAUGUCCCCUCAACACUGUAUGGUGUGCCAGAAGCCUUUCUGUCAUGUGUACUGGGGCUGCCAGCGGAUCAGUUGUCAUGGUUGCCUUGCACGUUUCUGUGAACUCAACCUUACUGAUAAAUGUCUGGAUGGAGUUUUGAAUAGCAAUCAGUAUGAGUCAGAAGUCCUUCAGAAUUAUUUGACUUCUAGAGGAAUUACCUGGAGGCAUAUGCUACAGGAAGCACUUCAGGCAGUACAACAAGGCCAGUACCAUUUAACAGAUUACAGAAUUACUGCUAACUCCUUCCUGUGCUACUGUUGUGGACUUCGUUUUUUUAGAGAGCUUGCAUACAAAUACAGAGAGGACAUUCCUCCAUCAGAAUUGCCAGAUGCUGUGACCACCAGACCAGACUGUUACUGGGGACGCAACUGUCGGACUCAAGUGAAGGCACACCACGCUAUGAAAUUCAACCACAUAUGUGAGCAGACACGCUUCAAGAACUAAAACGAAGGGAACAAUGUUCGAUUCUGUAGCAGUUUUUGGAAGGUUAAGAAGCUCAGUGGCUACAUUAUUCUUCCAGUUUCUCACAAACUGAUGUCUUCUGGUUAGCACAUCUGCAGUAAGCAGUGUUAUACCUCUUUUCUCCUCUAAAUGGCAGUUUCUAGUCAAGCCAUUUACAUUUGCAAUCAGCUGUAUAAUAACCCAAGCAUCCUUUAGAUAAACAGGUAUGUGGAUACUUUUUCUGGAUCUGCACUUUGUUUCAUAUCACUGUGCUAUUUGUCUUUGUUUCAUGUUGCAUCUCUAAUUUUAAUUGUGAAACAAGACAAAUCAGGCAAUCAACACAGUAGCUGAUACACUGUGAAAAUGUUCCUUUUUCAUUAAAAAGCUGUGUUUUAGCUUGAACAUUAUAAAGUAUACAAUUAAGAAAUGUUUUAAUCAACUAACCUUUGGUGCCUUAGAGUUGACUGUUGUAUAAAAACAUGUGCUUCCAUUCAUUUUUGGGGUUUCACUUUACAGUAAAGAUGUAUAUGUUAACAUUUGUCAGUGCAGUAGUUAACAUGAAAUAACAAUGAAGACUUAUUUACAGCAUUUAUUCAAUUUGGCUAAAGCCAAAUAAAAAAAUAGUCAUUAAAGGAAUAAUUCACCCAAAAAUGAUAAUUCUCUUAACAUUUACUUACCUUUAUGCCUUACUUGUAUGACUUUCAUAUAUGACGUGUUUUUGUCCAUGUCUUAUGAAGGGAUACGAUCGGUUUUGGGUGAAAACAGACCUUUGCUCAUGUGCCAAGCGCAAGAAAGUGUGAACGUGCCUCUCUUGCGAUCACGCCAAGAAGUCAAAAUUAAUAGUGAAUAAGGUCUGUUUCUCAGCCAAAACCAAUUGUGACUCUUCAGAGGACAUUAAUUAAAUCGCUCGAGUCAUAUGGAUUACCUUUAUGCUGCCUAAAUUUUCUUUAUGGAGCUAGAACAUGUAGGACCCCAUUGAUUUGCAUUGUUUGACCACAAACAUAUCAUGCAUCCUUUAAAUUAUCUUCGUUUGGGUUCUGCAGAAAGGAAGGCAUCUGAGUUUGAGACAACAUUAGGGUAAGUAAAUGAUGAGAGAAUUGUCAUUUUUGGGUGAACUUUCCCUUUAACAGUUAAAUAUGUUAACUUUGGUUACUGUAACAUUAACAAUAAAUAACAGUAUAUUUUUAAAGAUCAACCACAAUUAACAAAUGCUGUGUUCAAUUAUUCAUUGUUAGUUCAUGAUCCCUUAUGCAUUACAUAAUGUAAACAAAUAGAACCUUAAUGUAGUGUUUCUGUUUUUUGAGUCUCUCUAUGUAACACUAUUGUAGUUACGAUAUUCUCAAGACUUUUUAUAUGCUACUGAGGUGAUGUAAGGUUGAAACACUGAUGCAUGUUAUAUAAAAGGGAUGUUUGUGUUUUAGAUAUUAACCAGUAUCUUUAUGACAGUGCACAUCUAUCUAUCACACGCUAUUGAGUAUUCGGCAUCACUGGCUACUGUUUUCUUUGUCUUCAAAUUGAGCUCUGCAUUUUCACAUUAUAGACUAAUCAUGAAAUGUUUGUAGUUUUAUUUCCCACUCAAUAUUUUUUUUCCUUCAUUUUUUUACUAUUAGGGCAAUAAGCCACAAAGUUGGAAAGGGCAGGUUUGUAUUUGCAGGGCUGUUCUGAAGGCAUGUGAACAUGUUACAAUCCAAGGCUGCAUUGCACUGCAGCGGAUAAUCAAGUCAAAUCUGAUUUAUAAUGAAGUCUUAGAUGCUUUCUUUACAUCCUGUUAUGAUUAUGGCAUUUUAUCAGCUGGCUUAUUUUUGUAAAAAUGCAUACCGCAAUUUUUUUUUUUAAUCUUAGUGUUGAUAGGCCAGUUUAAGCAAGUCAAACUAUUGUUUUUUCCCCUGGUAUUUUCAUGUUUUAAUAACAGAAAGGAUAGUUUUCCAAUACUGAGAUUUAGUUUGGUUUGUUGGCAUUAUAGGUAGAUCACGUGGACAAAUAAUAGCAGUUUUUAAUUUUUGAAUAUUUUCUGAAUACCCUAUGGCUGUAUUUCUGACCUAAACCCCCUCGAAUCGCUGUAUUUUAGUUUGUACGUUUUUUUAUUUACUCUGUAAACCACAUUGGUUGUAGUUUUUUAAUCAAUCAGAGUAUUGUGUACUUAAGAAACCAUUGCGAUAUAUUAAACAGUUACCACAAAAAUGUUUAAAACAUUUGAGGCCUAGGUGUCAAGCCACACAAAUUAAUAAAGUUUAAAGCAUUUUUAACCUCUGAGGUUCUUUUUUUUAACAUAUUUCAUAUUUGAACAAGAAUGUAGGCGAGACAUGUCAAAGGUGUCGUCCCUUUUUUGUAAAAGACCAAUAGGCUUUAGUUACGCCACAGACAUGAACUAUGAGUUGUAAAUUGCUUGUCUUUUACCGGUGGGAGUGACAAUCUCAUUCUAGAGAGGAUUUGAUUGGACAAAAUUCUGUAGUGCAACUUGAGUGCGUUACCCUGGAAGAGAAAGGCUGUAAAUUUGAAUAAAAUAAAAUUUGGUCAACUUUUAGAGAGUACACUAAGGAUAAAUGGCUUCUAAGCUGUUAGACAUGGACUAAAAGCUGCAAAACUGUAAUUUUUACUUUUAAACAAACAAACCAAUUCAUGUAUUGUAACUUGUCUCAAGUACCUCAACAUAGCUACAUCUUUGAUGGCAGAAUUUUUUUUUUAAGGAAUUCUUUAUAUAAAUGUUGAGAGUGAACAUGAAAAUGAUGUAAUGCCUCUUGUAAUUUCUGUUUUCAUGUGUGAAUUCUGAUCUGUUGUCCUUCAAACAACGGCAUUCCUCAGAGGCUCAGAUUCAGAUUAUUUUCCAGAUUAAUUGAUUAUAUUUUCCAAAAUGUGUUUUUUUUUUUUUAAACAUUUUUGCAUCUUUAUAUCGGCAUUGUCUGAAUUCCUUCCUGUCUAAUCUGUGCUCUAGUUCCCAGCAAUGAUUUGCAUUAUGAAUAAAUUAUGCAGAUUAUUUUGUAGCGGUUAGCUUUACUUCUUGCUGAUUUUAGAUAUACUGUUGUUCUUUUAUUUGUUGGCACUUUCAGUUAAUUGUUUUUCUGUGAUUGUUCAGAGCUAAUUUUAUACAUAAUAUGAUGUUUUUAGUUUUCUUCUUCAUUGUGAUUUUUAUGUUAAAUGAUCAGGUCCACAAGUGUUGCAUAUCAUUCAGUGUGCAAGCAUUGUGGAAAUCAUUGGACUGUGGAAAGUUUAAAAUUAAAAGUCAUCAAUGUUUUAAAUUCUGUUACAUGUUUAUACGCUUUAUACGUGUAUGCGGGAUCCCGUCAGAUGCCUGUUUUGACUGUAGGACAGCACGGCCUUGCUCAGAUUAGAUUUCCACAGCCAAAGAGGCCAAUCCUUUUCCACCCUCACUCAGCCUCAGCUACUCUUUAAUGAAGGCAGACACCAGGUCUCUGUGCACUAAAACAUCACACACUGACCUAAUGGCACCUGACAAAUGGCCACAUUUACUGGAUUUGCAGCGCUUCAUUAAUGAAUGUUCAGUCUGUUAAGUUGUGGCUUUAAACAAACAGCUCUACCUUUUAUUAAGGUGUUUUCAGUUUGUAUGUGAACAUUGGUAUUAUACCUGUAUUAUUAAAAAUUUAGGCUUAAAGGGAUUGUUCAUCCACAAAUGAAAAUUCUCAUAAUUUACUCACCCUCAUACCAUCCCAGAUGUGUAUGACUUUCAUUCUUCUGCAGAACACAAAUUAUGAUUUUUAGAAGAAUUUCUCAGCUUUUUACAAUGCAAGUGAAUGGGUACCAAAAUGUUGUUGCUAUAAAAAGCACAUAUAGUCAUCAUAAAAGUACUCCAUACAACUCUGAAGUGAUAUCAUAGGUGUGGGUGAGAAACAGAUCAAUGUUUAUGUUCUUUUUUGCUAGAAUUUCUUCUCACUGCCCAGUAGGGGGUGAUAUGCAUGAAGAAUGUGAAUCACCAAAAACACAAGAAGAACGUGAAAAGUUAAAUUGGAGAUCAACUGAGCAGGGAGGAGAAUUUAUAGUAAAAUAGGACUUACAUUUUGAUCUGUUUCUCACCUACAUCUAUCAUAUCGCUUUGGAAGAUAUUUAUUUAACUGCUGGAAUCUUAUGGAUUAAUUUAAUGCUGAUUUAUGUGACUUUGGCACCCAUUCACUUGUAUUGUAAAAAGCUGAGAAAUUCUUCUAAAAAUCUUCAAUUGAGUUCAGCAGAUGAAAGAAAUGUAAGGUGAGUAAAUGAUGAGAGAACUUUUCAUUUUUUGGAUGAUCUAUUCCUUUAACUGCUCCAACAUUCCCCAACCAUUUUUAUGUGAUUGGAUAUCAGUUGUAGUGAUUCUGAUUAUUUUAGUGCAAAAAAGAAAUGGCUAAAUUGUCAUCUGUCUAUACAUUAUAUAAUGUAAUGUGUAUAUAGUGUUUUAUUGGCACACAUCAACAUAUGAAUCUUAUUUAUGAAACACGAAUAUAACAAUUUACAUAAGAAUGGAUUUAUGAAUGCUUAUACUUUCGUUCUGCUCCCGUUUCAUGAAUAAAGUCCAUAAACUCUGCUUUAAUAGCCAGAUGCCAUCAACAUAUUAAAGUCUGUAAAAUAUACUGUUCAUAUUUGGUAGGCUGAUGUAUUCCCAAGUUUUCUUACAAACCACCUACAUGCGCUGAUCUAAAAGUUGAUUUUAGGUCGCUUGUGUUACAUGACGUGGCCUAAGCUCUAAAGUGGUCUCUAAAGAGUCUCAUGCUAUGAAGUCUUAUAUUUUGCAGCAAAGGCCCAAUGGAAGUGUUCAGGGAUUUAUUUAACACUGGUCCAGUCUUUAGGAGAAGCUUUGGAGGCUACUUUGCAUUUGCUGAAUGGGAAAUAUUGUACUCCGCAGCAAAUAUUUACUCACUUGUGGUGGGAAGGAAAACAGUUUGGAAGGUCUUUUUUUUCCCCUUGAAAAGGUAUUUAUUUCUACCUCAAUAAAAUGUAAGCUUUGAGGUUCACUAAGUUUUUGAGUAGUUGAUAUCUAGAGGGAAGCACAUUGAUAGCACUGUUUAAGUUCCAUAGAGUUGAUUUAGCUGGUCGUGCCUCCUUUGUUAGUAAUGCUUAAAAAUAAAUCUGAUGCUCAAUAGAGACUAAAACCUUGUCUGAACCUUACUGCACUAAUAAUAAAA